AUGGAUUAUCCCUUGAGUUUCCGCAUUGCACAAGCCGUUGGCUUGUCCGGCGCAGCCUGGCUUUCUGGCAACAUCUCCACCCUGUCGAUGAUCGUCAUGCCCGCCCUGCUCCGCUCGCACCGCGAGAACAAUGUCUCUCCAAGCAUACUGGCCAAACAAUGGCGACACCUGUACGACAAUGGCAGUUCGCAGAACCCCCAAAUUUCCGCGCUAAUUGCCUGCACGCUUUUCUACUGCGCCUGGUCUGUUCGCGAAGGGGGAGCAUUGUUUCGCCCGGCCCAGACCAGUCUGGCAGGUUUGUAUGUGGCUGCAGGCCUGUUGGUAUUGGCUUUUACGCCCUGGACACUGGGUGUGAUGGCCUGCACCAAUAAUGAGCUAAAGAAAAUGGCGCUGUCGAAGUCGGAGGCGUCCGAUGAGGAGACGAUUGGCUUGUUGAAUACUUGGACUAUGCUGAAUGGUAUUCGGGGUAUCUUCCCCCUGGUCGGUGGGUUUGUGGGCUUGACUGCUGCUUUUCUGUAG